UUCUCUCUCUCUCUCUCUCUCUCUCUCUCUCAUGUGCUCUACAUUGUCUUCUUCACUAUUACUAUUUGCUUCCCCUUCCAUUAUCUUUUUUCGAUAUAGAUAUAUAUGUAAUACAAAACCAUAAAUCAACAUUGUUGAAGCAGGAAUUAUAUUUUGAUAUCCAUACAUACCUUUGCUAUUUUCUAAAUAAAGAAACUUAUAUGAACUUGUUUCAACAAUGAGAGAUGAUAACUUGAAGAAAAGCAAGCUUUCAUGGCCAAAAACAUUGGUCAAGAAAUGGUUCAAUAUCAAGAGCAAAUCUGAGGACUUUCAAGCAGAUGAUGUCAUUUGUCAAGUUGUUGAUGAAGAGUAUAGGAGCAACUACUCAGAGAUGAAAGCUUGUUCUAUCAAAAAAAGCAAAACAGAGAGAUCAAGUAGAAGGUACUCAGAUAGAAUGCAAAGAGGUAAGAAUUACCUUGAUGAAGCUCAGAUUACAGAUGUAUGUAAUUAUAGAAUCUUUGUUGCCACUUGGAACGUGGCAGGGAAGUCGCCUCCUAGUUAUUUAAGCCUUGAAGAUUGGCUUCAUAUAUCUCCACCUGCUGAUAUCUAUGUUCUUGGGUUUCAAGAAAUUGUGCCUCUCAAUGCUGGUAAUGUUUUGGGAACUGAAGACAAUGGUCCUGCAAGAAAAUGGCUAGCACUUAUAAGGAAGACACUGAACAACCUUCCGGGAACAAGUGGCGGAUACCACACUCCUUCUCCAGUCCCUGCUCCUAUUGUAGAGCUAGAUGCUGAUUUUGAGGGAUCAAUGAGGCAGAACACGGCGUCUUUCUUCCAUCGGAGGUCCUUCCAAGCCAUGAGGCGUAGUAUGAGAAUGGAUAAUGACAUGUCACUCCCACAAGCUUGUCAUGAUCGCCGUCUCAGUGUUUGUGAUAGGAUGAUAUCAGGUCACAGAACGAGUGACUAUGAUACCAAUUGUCAAUGGGGUUCCUCAGACGAUGAAAAUGGAGCCGGCGACUCUCCAAUUACAACACAAAAUUCACCCAUGUCAUACGGUGGUUGUUUCCCUAUGGAGGAUGCUGACAGGCUAACAGGAAACUCAAGAUACUGUUUGGUUGCUAGUAAGCAAAUGGUGGGAGUAUUUCUAACAGUUUGGGUGAAAAGUGAUAUCAGAGACGAUGUUCAUAACAUGAAAGUGUCUUGUGUUGGAAGAGGAUUGAUGGGAUAUCUUGGAAACAAGGGUUCAAUAUCAAUUAGUAUGUCAUUGUGCCAAACAAGUUUUUGCUUCGUCUGUAGUCACUUAACAUCUGGACAAAGAGAUGGUGAUGAGCUAAGGAGAAAUUCAGAUGUAAUGGAGAUUCUCAGAAAGACAAGGUUUCCUCAAGUCCAUGACACGAGUGAUGCGGAUUCUCCUCAGACAAUUCUGGAACAUGACCGAAUAAUUUGGCUGGGGGAUUUGAAUUAUCGGAUAGCCCUUUCUUACCGCGGAGCAAAAGCUCUUGUUGAGAUGCAUGAUUGGAAGACUUUGUUAAAGAAUGACCAGCUGUGUAUAGAGAAGCGGCAAGGUCGAGUCUUUACAGGAUGGAGUGAAGGGAAAAUAUACUUCCCUCCCACGUAUAAGUAUUCAAACAAUUCAGACAGUUAUGCAGGCGAUGACAGACAAUCCAAACAAAAGAGAAGAACUCCUGCAUGGUGUGAUCGUAUCUUGUGGUAUGGAAAUGGCAUACAACAAUUAUCUUAUGUUCGUGGGGAGUCAAGAUUCUCUGAUCAUAGGUCGGUUUGUAGCAUAUUCUUGGCAGAAGUUGAGUCUAUUAACAGUAACCAAAUAAGGAAAGGCUCUACUUGCUCCAGUUCCAGGAUUGAAGUAGAAGAGUUAUUGCCACAUUCACAUUGUUACGGCUACACUGAUUCCAUUUCUAUUAACGAAUACAUGUAAAUGUAGUUCUCUUUCCCUGAGGGAACUUCAAUUGAAAUAUCAAACUGUGCCACACAAGGUAGGCAAUGCUAUGAGGAAUGCUAGCCCCGAUGGUGAUCGAUACGGAUUUGGAUUUGUUGCAUUCAUACCGUCAGCACAUUGGUGAUUGUUGGAUUGAGAUCGAAUGGUGCAGAAAGCAAGCAAAUUUUGAUUUGUUUUUAUAACUUCAAAAUACCUAUAUUUAAAUUUGGACCGUCCGGUCUUGAUCCAAGAAUCACCGUGCUGACUGCGUGAGUGCAUGAGAUUUCUGACUGCAGGCAACAUAAAUCGGAUCGGGACAUUCUGACUCUGUUACCCUCAAAGUCCCUAAGAAGCUGCAGAAUUUAUGGGUUUGUCAACACCUAUUGACUAUGAAUAUGUUUUUCUGCAGCUACAAUCUUAUUGGGGGUAGGAUAAUAGCUAUGUGGUUUAACGAAAACUGCAUCUCAAUUCUUUAUAAUGAGAUAUAAUGUACUUAACAUUGACUCAUACCACAGAUCAGUAAAGAAUAACAAGUGCUAUUAUUAUUAUUAUUAUUAU